GCUGCGGCCGCAUCCCCCCACCCCUCGCCCCGGAGCUUCGCGCCCAGACCCCGGCGAGUCCGCGGAACAGCCUCGGCCUCGGGCCACCACCUCGGGCAGACUCCGCAGAGGCCCGCCUAGCCUUCUGCCUGCUGUCCCUAUGAAGAAAACCAACAUGUGGUUCCUGGAGCGGCUUCGGGGGUCCGGGGAGAACGGUGCUGCUGGGGGCGAGGCUGGGGACAAGGCCUCUAAGGGGCCCCUGUACAGCAACGUGCUCACGCCCGACAAGAUUCCCGACUUCUUCAUCCCCCCCAAGCUUCCGGCCAGCCCCGCGGAGCCCGAGGGGCAGGGCGAGCCGGGCCCGGCCGCGGAGCAGAGCCUAGCCUCCGCCUCGCCCCGCCGAGCCCCCCGGAGCCCUCGGCUGCCCGCCAAGCUGGCGGCCGAGAGCAAGAGCCUGCUGAAGGCGGCCACCCGGCAUGUGAUCCAGAUUGAGAGCGCCGAGGACUGGCCGGCUGAGGAGGCCACCACCAACUCCGACCCCCAGGCCCAGGGUGCCAUGUCCCUGCCCUCGGUGCCCAAGGCCCAGACGUCCUAUGGCUUCACCACGCUGGCCGAGAGCCCCCACACGCGGCGCAAGGAGUCUCUGUUCCACAGCGAGCACGGGGCCCUGGCCCAGGUGGGCUCCCCUGGAGCCCGGCGCCGCCGUGGGGGUGUCAAGGCUAAUGGGGGCGAUGGGGUGUCCAGGGAGGCUGGCGGGGCCCUCAUGAGCCCCAGCCGCUACUUCAGUGGUGGGGAGAGUGAUACGGGGUCCUCGGCCGAGUCCUCCCCCUUUGGGUCCCCCCUGCUCUCGCGCUCUGUGUCGCUGCUCAAAGGCUUCGCCCAGGACAGCCAGGCCAAGGUGAGCCAGCUCAAGCACUCCGUGGCCCGCCACGGCUCCCUGUCGGCCGAUGACAGCACCCCGGACACCAGCCCUGGGGCUCGGCGCCGCCUGACUCGCAGGCCCGCCCCGGAGGCAGGCUCGGAGCCAGGCCAGGUGCCCCGCGCGGAGCACGCGGUGCGCAUGGGCACGCGGGGCAGCGUGCGGCUGCUGGCCGAGUACGAGGCGGCACAGGCGCGCCUGCGAGUGCGGCUGCUGGCCGCCGAGGGCCUAUACGACCACCUCUGCGACGCCCGAAGCAUCAACUGCUGCGUCGGCUUGUGCCUGGUCCCUGGAAAGCUCCAGAAGCAGCGCAGUACCAUCAUUAAGAACAGCCGCCACCCCAUCUUCAAUGAGGACUUCUUUUUCGAUGGCCUCGGGCCGGCCAGUGUCCGCAAACUGGCCCUCAGGAUCAAGGUGGUCAACAAGGGUAGCAGUCUCAAGCGGGACACGCUGCUGGGGGAGAAGGAGCUGCCCCUGACCUCUCUGCUCCCCUUUUUGUAAAGGCUUCUUGCCGCAGCCCACCCUUUAUCCCUCCCGCAGGAGCCGAGGGGAGAAUCCCACCUCCCCUCCGCACCCAGAUUCUGAGAGGCAGAAGGCCAGUUGGCUGGGCGGGAGCCGGGGAGGGGGAGGUGGGUUUAAACUAAAGGCGGGCUGGGCCCUGAUGCUGCAGCGGGGGCUUUCCUAGGUUGCUGGAUGGUUACCGGGAUGCUAUUUUUCAUGGAUUAGGUUUUUUGAAGGAGAAAGAGAGGGGGCUGCCAGGUAAAAGAAGGUCAUUUGCAGGGUUGAGCAUCCCCCCUGUGCCCCAAGUUCCGUCCGUGCCUGGCGAUGUGGUCUCAUCCCCUUCAGAGUUCUGGAAAGGGGCUCUCAGGUGGCUGGGAGUCUGCCGGGAGGUGGCCAGGGUGGGUCACAGGCCUAGAGGCCUCGGGUGCUGAGGCUGAGCUGAAUCUUUUGCUGUGUUGCACGAGCCCCCCUCCCCCAGGCCAGCCAGCCAGACCCCAGAAAGCAGCGCCAGGUCCAGGGCUCUGCCCCAUGGGGCUCUGGGAGGCAGCAGUGCUGUGAAGCUCCUGGUGCAGGAAGUCCCCAAAAAUGAAAAUGGGAGCAGUAGUUCCUCUUCUGUCCCUGGGGCCAGACAGCCCUCCUGCAGGCUGUUUUCCUCCACCUUCCCUGCUUGCUUUUUGGGCACAGAGCUGCCUGGCUUGUCCACUGCACCUGCUUGGGACCUCUGGCCCUGCUGGAGCCUCCUUCCCCUGGAGGGGGUGCUCAGAAGGCACCCAGAGAGCAGCCCCCAUCCCUCCUAGGCUGCCACCCUGCCCCCUCCUGCCCAACACCCUUGCCAGCUGGACACUAGGGAGUGAUGCCCAGCGACUGA